AUGACCUGAGCCGAAAUCAAGAGCCAGAUGCUUUUGUCGGGAGACAACUAGGGAGAAAGCAAAUGGUUUUCUGAAAGGUGUUGAACAGAGAUUAAAAACAAAAACUUUGAAGUGAAAAUUACUAAUUUCUAGUCCAGUGUUGUACCUGACACCUCACUCCAUACAACAGCCCAUUUUCUGCUUAAACUGUCCUGUGAACCAAGCAAGGUUCAUUGCCUCAUGAGGCUGCUUAUUCUUUUUAUGGACAGGCUGAUGCAGUGGGAAUUUAUUUUCUAGGAGAAAAAAGUGGAGAGAUUGUAAUAAGUAUAAAGCAGGUCCCAUAGGAAUGCAUUUAUUCAUCUGUUUGUCAAACAUUUAUUUAACACUUAAAAUGUGCCAGUUAUUGCUAGAAGCUAGGGAAGCAGAGGUGAAAGACACAACAUCUAGGGGCUCCCGGUCUGAUGCAGUAACAAACCCAAAAGUUGCAGCAGCGUUGGGAGUAAUGGUGCUUGCCUUGAGGUCUGGCACAGCUCUUAGCUCCGCGUGUGUCCACCAUUUGACUGUCUCCCCUUGUACAGGACACUGGCACAUCAGACCCAGUGUCUACUGAAUGGAGUUUAUACCAACUUCUCUUGUCCCUGUUCUCAAUGCCCGAAGGGAAUCUGGAAAAGUUAUAAGCAAAACAUCAUUUCUCUAAGAAAAUUCUGGAUAACAGAAGUUCUGAGUAACAGGGCAAACCAAUUCCAUCACCAUGAGUUGGAGCUUCCUGACUCGCCUGCUAGAGGAGAUCCACAACCAUUCCACAUUCGUGGGGAAGAUCUGGCUCACUGUACUGAUUGUCUUCCGGAUUGUCCUUACAGCCGUAGGAGGAGAAUCCAUCUAUUAUGAUGAGCAAAGCAAAUUUGUGUGCAACACGGAGCAGCCAGGCUGUGAGAAUGUCUGCUAUGACGCCUUUGCACCCCUCUCCCAUGUGCGCUUCUGGGUAUUCCAGAUCAUUUUGGUGGCAACCCCCUCGGUGAUGUACCUGGGCUACGCCAUUCAUAAGAUUGCCAAGAUGGAGCAUGGCGAAGCAGACAAGAAAACAGCUCGGAGCAAACCCUAUGCAAUGCGUUGGAAACAGCACCGGGCUCUGGAAGAAACAGAAGAGGACCAUGAGGAGGAUCCCAUGAUGUAUCCGGAAAUGGAAUUGGAAAGUGAAAAAGAAAAUAAAGAGCAGAACCAACCUAAACCCAAGCACGAUGGCCGCCGGCGGAUUCGGGAGGACGGGCUUAUGAAAAUCUACGUGCUGCAGUUGCUGGCAAGGACCGUGUUUGAGGUGGGUUUUCUGAUAGGGCAGUAUUUUCUGUAUGGCUUCCAAGUCCACCCAUUUUAUGUGUGCAGCAGACUUCCUUGCCCUCAUAAGAUAGACUGCUUUAUUUCGAGACCCACUGAAAAGACCAUCUUCCUUCUGAUAAUGUAUGGUGUUACAGGCCUUUGCCUAUUGCUUAAUAUUUGGGAGAUGCUUCAUUUAGGGUUUGGGACAAUUCGAGACUCACUAAACAGUAAAAGGAGGGAACUGGAAGAUCCGGGUGCUUAUAAUUAUCCCUUCACUUGGAAUACACCAUCUGCUCCCCCUGGCUAUAACAUUGCCGUCAAACCAGAUCAAAUCCAGUACACCGAACUGUCCAACGCUAAGAUUGCCUACAAGCAAAACAAGGCCAACAUCGCCCAGGAACAACAGUACGGCAGCCAUGAGGAGAACCUCCCAGCUGACCUGGAGACUCUGCAGCGGGAGAUCAAAAUGGCUCAGGAGCGCUUGGAUCUAGCAAUCCAGGCCUACAGUCACCAAAACAACCCUCAUGGUCCCCGGGAAAAAAAAGCCAAAGUGGGGUCCAAAGCUGGGUCCAACAAGAGCAGUGCUAGUAGCAAAUCAGGGGAUGGAAAGACCUCCGUCUGGAUUUAAUCUUGGCUGGGAUUAAAACUUGUGCUCUUCCAUAGUCCGUAGUAAGCAGCGGCUCACUGAAUAAUGGCCUCCGUUGAGUAAACAUUUGGCUCUGGUUAUCUUCAGGGAUGCUGUUGGCUCAUGAUCCACGCUCAGGGGACUCUGAAAGCGGGGCUGGGACAAGGGGGAGAAAAGGGGAAACACCAUGUUCGUGGGCACAUAUUUCAGCAAUAAUACUGUUACAGAACUUUACAUUUGUGUCUUCCAGAUCUGGAAAAAAACAGAUAUAUUUAAAUCAUUCUUGUUGAAAAGUUUUUGUAUGUACAGUAUUAUGGUACAUUUUUUAGUAUGAGUACUUUUUUUUGUAUUUGUAUAUUGGACCGCUGUAGUUACACUUUUAUAUUAAAGGGAAAAAAAUCCUUAAGGUAAUGCCUAUUAGGCCAGUGUUAUUACUUUGUUCAGCAAAUUCCACCCUGGGUUUAAAGUUUUAAUAGAUGCUACACCUAACAAAAGUGCCUCUCGUGUUGCAGGGAAGAUUUCAGAUAUGUCAGGAGCCGGAGGAGGAAGCAUCAAUUUUCAAUCUUGGAAAGAAAGUCCACUGUAGAAGGAGGCUGAGUUCUUUUCUCCUUUACUUAAGAAAUCUUUGAAUCUCAUUCACCUACCCAAACCUAUAUCCAAUCUUUGAAAACCUGUUUGUAUUUUCAAAGGAUAUAAAUGAUUAACUGCAGGAUUCGUUUAAUUAUCAAGCAUUGCCAGCAUAUGCCUCGAUGGUGUGUACAUAAUUUAAGUUCUCCCAAAAGGCUGAUACACAAAAGUGUCCUCAGUCUGGUAGCAGCGUGGAGACCCUGACCAGAGGUGUUACUAAGAUUCCUCUAUUGCAAAGCCAUGCCUGGAAAAUGAGCCCUACUACAAUGUUUAGUUGUGGACCUAUUUGAUUUGCCUUAAAUCUCUAUCCAGAAACCUGCCUUUCUGGUUUCUUAAGAAGCCAGUGGUGGAUAUUUUCUUUGGAUGUUAACAUUAGAAAUAAAAAAAAUUCUCUUCUUGGCUAAAAAUACUCAGAGCCAUUUGUAUUGCCUGUGGCAGAAGGCCUAAAUCCAAAUUCCUUAUUUUUUUGUAAUUUGCUGCAUAACUUUUAUAAUUUCUGUACUUCUGCCAAUGUAGAUUUCUUUCUGUAUAGAAGACCAGUCAGAAUGGGGAUUCUAUCUGUAAAUAGACCUAAAGAGAAUUUCAGAAUUUAUUCCCUCAAGGCAUAUCUAUUUGUUAAUGACAAGCAUUGAUGUUCACAUAACACUUACAAUUUGCAGUAUUUUAUUGAUAUUUUCAGUCCUGUAUUCUGUGGGAGAGCUUCGCUCUCCCAGCCCAUUCACAUCGUUUGUCUUACAGUUUAUGAGCUUGUAAGCAAGAGCUUGGUAAGGAUGUAAAGGAAGGGGCCUUUGUUUCCCAUGGAGCUUUUGGGUUUGAGUGUCUCACUGUUUUCUAAUAGAAAGCAAGCCACCUCUGACUUUGAAAUUGCAAAAGUAUUGUUUUUUAGGUCUUAAUUUUAAAAUGUCCAUUUUUUAUUAUUUAGGAGAAUCCUGGGACAGCACCCUUUGGGCAUUUCUUUUUCAUUUCUUUCUUUGUUCUACUCAGAAAAUUUCAGCUUAUCUUCUAGCCAUGCAUUAACUUUUUUUGCCCUUUUUUUUUUUCUUAAUCUAUAAAUUUUAGCCUAGAGAAGCUCUUUAUAAUCUGCAAACACCUUAAUCAGAAAGUAAACUCAGGAGAGACUGAAGGGGAAUUUCAGAAAAUGAUAGACCUGACAUGUCCUGGAUCAUUAGCAGACUCGUGCAGUUUCCUUCAUACCAAGUGUUUUAUAAAGAAAUUCAAGUGCUUAUUAGAAAACAAGCAAGCUUUUAAACACCUAAGCUUAUUUAAGAUGAAGAUCUAUCAGUCCCCUCUGGUGUCACUAGAGAUUCAAGGAAAUUUCUUAACCAAAGGACAGAAGAUACAUACACACUCAAUGCACAUCUACACAGAGCCUGAAGGAGACAGUGGCUUCGCCAGAGGAAAGGCUGGGGGCUCGAGAGUGACAGAGAGGAAAGGAGUCAAGCAGAAAUGCCAGGCAAAGACGUGUGAUGCCAGAAGCGUCUACUUAGUUCCUACAAACAGUGCCCCCGGUGUUUCCUCUUGGCUUGUUCCGAUGAAAAUGUUAUUUUGUGUCUGGAUAAUUCUUCCAAUAUCUUAAAGUAUAUAGAAAAAUAUUCUAAGUCACUUCACGUGUGCAAGUCUACUCUCUCACCAAAGUUUUAGCUAUGACAUAGAGUUCCCAACUCUCACUGCUUUCUUGGUACAUUUCUUCAGCCUUUGAACCAUGGGAGUUUGCCAAAGCCAUUUCCCCAUAAUGGCAUGUCAUGGACCUCCAUUAGGAAAAUGGCCCUAUCAGUGUCUAGCUUAACCCAUGAAUUGGGUCUACAUUGAAUCUAUAAAAAUAUCAUUCUGGUUAUUCUGGAACUUACAGGUAUUAGUAUAAAAAGCCUGUCCGCAGGUUGUUUUUUUUUUCCCCUAUCAAAAUUGUAUUCCUUGGAAUUGCCAUAAAGUCAUGUCUGUCCUAUGACAUUUGCUUCUCUAAAUAGUUGAGUGCUUAGUCCUUCCAUCUACUAGAACCAGGAUAUGGUCAAUAUGUUUAUAUUUCUUAAUAUACUAUUGGAUCUAUUCCGAUGUGUUUUUUGCUCAUUUGUGUUAAAAUGUGUUACCAGGAGAGAUUUAUAAAACAGGCUUUUUUCUUAAUUCAAAUUUGAAGGGAGAAUUAGAUAACAUUUUCUCCUAAAGAAGUCUUAAUGUUCACUUUGUGGCUUCAUCUUUGCCUUAUGACUUAGUUUUUCCUGUUUCUAUAUUUGCUCAUUGAAAGCCACAAAUAUGUUAUCUCAUUUGAAGUCCGUUUUUCUGGGGAUUUUCCUUGACUAAUCUGCAAAAAACUACUUUUGAUAAAAAUGAACUUUGUGAUCUAAAAUGGUUUUCACAGCCCUGACAACUCCCACAUAUCUGUCUUUUACAAGGACACCUAUGUCUUUAAAGAGAAAAAAAAGUCCUCAUUCGGUACCGUAACUCUGUCAUUUUUUAAUGGUGUAAAAUUAAGCAGUUCACCUGACUUUUCCAAGUUUCAGGAGCUACUUCUUGGAAGUGUUAUGAAGUAGUUAGAGCCUAUGGUAAAAGGUAUUCAAAGACCAACUAUUUAUUGGUCAUGUGUCUGAACUUGGAUCUUCAGGAAAACAAUAGUUGACAAAACUACACAAUGGCAGUAGUAAACCAUCCUCCAGUGCUCUUGAUCACAGGAGUCGGUGAUGGCUUAAAAUACUUGGCUUUAAGCAGUUUAUACCAAGAAUGGACUUAAAUGUCAUUCCCGUUAGUCAUACUGAUGCUUUACCCUUUCAGCUUAUAAAUGUCCAUGCUUUCUUUAUUCCUUCUGUCUCAUUUAGGAGACCGUAUACCUCUAACAUCUACAGUUUAUGAUAAAUUUUUGGCCAGCUAGCUUGCAGUAAAGGCAAGUAUGUUAUACUUGAACCUACUUUAAGAAAUGCCUUUUUAUAAAGGAAGGGUCUUUCUUGACUGAAAGGGACCUGAAAGUCAAAGAUACACAGUUGUGGGUCAUUUUGAUUGGAAGAUUCCAGGUAUUAGGUUAAUUGUAUCUGUAUAAAAUCAUGUAAUCUCAUGAAGAGCCUUACCACCUAAAAAUAAGAAAGCCCCAGCGCCUCUACAGUGUAGAGUUUGGAAAUAAAAGUUACAUUCUGGCCACACAUCAUGGAGAGAUUAAAAGAUUUUAUUUGUUGCCCCUAAUGCAGUUGUGUUGUUUUUAAUAAUAACGUUAAGUGAGUUUGGUUCAUGCACAUUCCACCUUAAUAGUCAUACUUUUUAGAAAGAGGCAAUUCAGGGGUGCCUGGGUGCCUCAGUCAGUUGAGUCUCCAACUUCGGCUCAAGUCAUGAUCUCACAGUCUCUGAGUUCGAGCCCCAGGUCGGGCUCUGUGCUGACAGCUCAGAGUCUGGAGCCUGCUUCUAAUUUUGCAUCUCCCUCUCUGCCCCUCCCCUGCUCAUACUCUGUCUCUCUCUCUCUCUCAAUAAUAAAAAAAUUUUUUUUUUAAAGAGACAAUCCAUAAUAUUCUAAAAUCCAGGAGUCCAAACAAAAGAAAGUCUUACUCCCAUGCAAAGUCCCUACAGAAUUAAAAGGAGUAAGUGUUUUACAUUUCAAGGUUGGCUUGUUGAACCAGCAAAGACAUUGGCUAUUUGCUUCCAAGACUGGAAAUUUUCCUUUAUUGUACUUUCCAAUUGUGUUUUCUUUAAUAAAGCUCUUACAGAAGUCUCUACCUCAGGCACUAAGUAUUAGAUACAGUUAGCAUAUUGAUACUGAAAAACUUAGCUAGGACUUCUAGCUUUUUAAGAUAAUUGAAAUAUAAUUUUCAACUGUUAACCAGCAAUCUAAUGUCAUGUGUGGUUUGGAUGUUGUAUGAACAGCUAAGGAAUUACCAUUCUAGUGCCAAAGAUCACUCAUUGCUAAUUUUGUUCUGUACAGUUAAUGUAAAACUUUUAUGGUGGGGACAGACUUCUGUGCUCGGGGCCUUGUCUCUAGGAAGAUUUGUCAGUUCCAAAUGUUUUGUGAGUUCCAAAUACAAUUUAGAAGAUUCA